AUGUUCUCAAGUAUCGUGAGUGACGUUGACGAGGUCCUUGAGCCGUAUCCAGUUGAGCUCUCAACUGGUCCAUCCGUGCAGCAAACACGUCACCCCAUCUCGUUGGUCGAACCCGGUCUCCCUCGAGAUUUCGCAUCUCUUGGGGUCCACUGUAGCGUUCUUUUAGUGCAUCUAUCGUCGAUUCUUCUCAUUAUGCGACCGGCUCAUCUAUGCUUUGCUUUUGAUAUAUAUUCUGCUGGGUCGCGACGACGGGACAUUCCUCUUAAGUCGGAGCUGCGAAGACCGGCUAAGUGUUCAGAAGAAAAGCUUAGCUUCAGAAGACAUCUCUCAAAAGCUCUUUGGGUAGUAAGUAGCUUCCUAGACAUGGCAGCAGUGUCUGCCCACGUCUCCGCUGCGUAA